ACACACGAACUCGCGCUUCCGCUUGUGAAAGGCGGAGGGGGGAGGGGGGAGGGGGGGAAGGAAAAUCCACCAACGCACAUGAUAGACAGACAAGCGAAGCCCCUAGAAAGAGGCAAAGAUAAGUCGCUGUAGCCUGGGAACGAGCGACAUUGCAUAAUUCGGAUAAUAAGCGGAGAAAGUCAGAGAGGUUUGCUCGCUGCAGCGCCUUCUGGGGCAGGACACACUGAAUGGCGUAUGAUCGGAGAGAAGUCCACCCAUCUCACUACGUAUGUACCACUAUUAAGUGUCAGGCUUUAGCGCGAGCGAUCGAAAGAUAGGCAUGGAGCCACGCUCCCACUAAAACGGAACAAGAACGCCUCGGGGGCGCUCGGAGCUACGACCGAUUGGAUUUGAUUUCUCGGAUUGGAUUGAUGAUUUGGCUCGCGGAAACUCGAAACUUGAUAUAGGGGAGGAGGAAGAGCAGGAGGAGCAGGAGGAUGGGGGCGCUCCUCGCUCGCUCGCUCGCUCUCUCUCUGUGUCUCUCCAGAGAUCGGCGCACAUUCCACUCUACCACCACACGCAAAAUCAGGUACCGUAACAGAAGAGCGAAACAGAGCGCGGACUGGGUUGCAGCAGGUUCGAUAGUUUUCGAGGAGAAUUAAAAUCGGCAGCGGCAGCGCGGCGGGAGAUGGAUGGAAGGCGGCAGCUCAUGGUUGAGACUUCGGGAUCGGUCGUCGGUCGCCCAGCUAUCAGCCAAUUUCCCUCUCCCUCUCCCUCUCCCUCUCCUCGCACGACCUCGACCUCAACUGCUGAACUCCCCACUUGGGCCCUCCUCUUCUUUGCUCUCCUCGCCGUCCUUGUUUCUUCUUCCCUCUAGACCUCGUCAAUCGCUCGUCGCCUCGCCUCGCUCUCGACCUCUCUCGUCGUCCCGUCCCUGCCUCGGCCUCUCCUCCCGGUGCCGCCUGGGAUGCAGGCGUACAGGCUGCGAAUAGCAGACGGGCACCACACACAAGUGGUGAAAGUGUGUGUGGAGCCGCGAUCCAACUGCGCUGCCUUCGUGCUUGCGGAUUCUUCCUGCCUUCUGCUCUCGCUCGCGUCGCUGCCCGCCAUUCAACCGACUCCCAUCCCGGCCCCUUGCACUGAUGCCUGCUUUCUCCGCCUGCAGGCUCGUGUGCUUGCAGGCGGCGGUUCCCUGCCCCCUUCGUCCUCCUCCUCCUCUUCUUCAUCUUCUCGUGCGCAUCCGCAUCCGGGCCCUGUAGUUGUUGACAGGAUAGCCCCCGGAGGCGCUUCCGGGGCUUCGAGAUUGCCCCCCAACGGCAAUGGCAAGGGGGCUGGCGCCUCGAGCACUCGCAGCCGCGUCUUCUUCUUGACAUCGCAGCCCGCCAGGGGGGGAUCGUGCGUCGACCUCUCGGCCUGGCUCUGCGAGGCGCCCUCCUUCGCCCGCACUGGCGUCGAAUUAGAUCGCUCGAGGAAGAGCUCCCACGAGAUUGGCAAUCCGGGCCAUGAUCUGCCCCGUCGCCCUCUCAGCAGCAGGUGCAGGGCUGCGCGCCUCGAAAUCCCCCACGGAAUGGUGCUGAAGAUGGCUGCGUCUGUCAACGUGGUGAUCGUCUAUUCCAUCUCUGUGGGCAAAAUCUGGAUUCUGGCAGCCAAGCAUGUUGUGGCAUCGGGUACUGCUGCUGCUGCUUCUCCUUCGGAGUUUCACAAGGACCAGGGCAGUAGGCCUCUGCGCGGUGGUGGUGGUGCAGGUGCAGGUGCGAGCUCGACUGGUCUCGGCACCGUCGAGAAGGAUCUGGAACUAGGAAUGAUUAGUAAAAGGGAUGGGGAUGGGCCGGGGCACCUGCUGCUGAUGAAGUGCGCCGUGUUGGAAUGCAACAGGCCCCUCUACUCCAUGUGCGUCUCGCCGCAGCACUUAUUGUUGGGGGAGGCCGGGGGCGUGAGGAUUUGGCCUCUGCGGCCGCUCAUCAAGCCCGACAAGCGACUCAAAGAACGCGAGCAGCGGGCCAAGGACUCGAGCAUUAUUAGGUCGGAUGACAGUCGAGUUCACGCUUCCGGUUUGUCUAAAAUUCCUCAUGUAGAUGCAGCUUCCAGGGACCAUAGCACUCACCUCGGCGUCGGAAAAUCGUCGAACGGGGAGGUGAGGUCUGCCACUUGCGCGUCCGGAUGCAAGCCGCAGGAUUGGGCGCUCAAUGGCGCAACCAACGAGGGCCAGCGGGUCGAAGAUCAGCAGCUGGACUCCCUCGCUUUCAAAGCUGAAAUUGUCGAUAUAAAACCUGUUCCCAAGAAUGGACUCUACGCUCUCAAAGGAGACGGAAAGGAACAGGCUGGUGCACCGACUUGUGGCGUCCCGCCCAGAAAUGGAUUCCACGAGAAAGAGAAAAAAGUUUGCCUUGUGGUCAACACCAAAUGCUUUGGUAAUGGCUUUAUUUCAGAGUUGGAUUCCAGGCUGAAUGUGUCCUCACGGGAAGCGAAUGGACAUGAACAAGAUGGUGAAGGACAGGCAGUAGCCAACACCAUUUGCGGGCCACCUUUGACUCUUGGGAUCUCUUCGAAGAAUGAACUUCAGAAGGUUUUGAGUAUGUGUGAGAAUCAUGUCGGUGCCGUGGGUAAGGAGGAUCCGACAAAUGCUCCAGCCAUAGCUCAUCAGUUCAAAGUAGACGCUGAUCACAUGGGAAAAAGAGCUAUCAUGGAGUCGCUUUGGAAAGCGGGGGGUGUACAGAAGAGGAAUGGUGUAGUUUUGCAGAAUGGCAAUGGUCAUGAGCUCUUGUACAACGUCGAAGCAUCUCAGUCUUUUAGUUCUGGGUCAGAGGGGGUUGGCUGCCUUGAAACAAGCACUCCUUCUGAAGAUUCACAUCAAUCGGAUGAUAAGCUUCUAGAUCAUGUAAAGCAACAGCCGGGUCUGGGAUUUGUAGGGCCAAUGUUUGUGACAACUUGUAAGGAAAGCCAGCAAGAUGGGUUUAUGGCUGGCAAGGGAGUGCUGCAGGCACAGGUGGUGGAUAUUCAGGAGAUCUCAUUGAGGAAAUUUGUGGUGCUUGAUUCGAGUGGAGAGCUGCACUUGCUGGUCCUGGAGGAUGUGCAAGAUCGAGGAACAAACUCACCUCUUCGUGUGAGUCAUCCGAAGAUGACUCGCCUCCACACAUCGAUGAAAGUUUGCUCAAUGGCAGUGCUUCUUCCAGCUGUUCAAAGCUCCUCUGUGGAAGCUAAGCGGGGUGUCGUGCGAAAGCUCUGGAUUUCGGACGGACGGUACUCCAAUUAUGUCGCAAUUGUUCCCAGUGACGGACCCGAGGAAGUUCAAUCGGAGACGAGGACUGCUGAUUCUGAACGUACAGCCGCCCUCCCUGUUAGAGUCGCACAAACAGUAUUCCUUAGUGAGCGCGUGGCUGCCCUUGCAGCAGUUUCACCCGAGACUGUGUUGGUAGUGACACAAGGAAGCAUUACCGCCUAUGUUAUAUCUGGAAGUUGAUCAAGAAGGAAUGGAGCUUCUCAGUAAGCUUGUUUUCUUGGCAGGGCUUGCCUAAGCGUAAGAUGGAGAAACAGUAAGCCUUUUUUGGUGUGUUGGCUGUGGGUUAUGGCCCAUUUUACUUCAAGCUCCUGUGACCAGGCUAAAUUUGACCCGACUUCAUCACGAAAAUAUAAUCGUUAGGGUUUGCCGGCACAAUGUGGAGCAGUACCCAUUCUCCCUCUUCCUCACUACUGGCCUUUCUUCAAGCAUCUUGUGAAGGACUUGAAGGAUUGGAAGAGCUGGAGCAAAAAUGCAGAUAAAUUGCUGAACUUGCCUGUAAAAUAUUUGCUUCUUGAGAGGAGGAUGGAAGAUAUUGUUGCAGUGUAGGUAUCGCCUGUGUAUUUCGCACUCGGAAGCGGUGGCCAGAAGCGCCAGAGCCGAUUAUGAAUAACACCACCCGUAGAUGUGUAGUUAUAGCUUUGCUGUGCGAUCAGCUUCUGGACAGGCGCUCUCUACACUGGUUAUUAGAUUUACUCAGAUGCCACUUGGAGACGACACUUUUAGCUUUUGUUUAGACGUGGUCAAGUCAGUACUGAUCCGAGAAGAACACCUGGUCCUCAAUAAUGAUAGUGUUUGGUAGGACUUGCUUGCCAGUGGCUAAGUCAUGCUGCAAAGUGAUCUCAUUGCUAGUGAGACUUGCACAUGUCAAGUUUCUUAGGUGCCUUUUGUUUGGAAAGUGUUGGUAGCAAUGGAGAUCAAGGAAGUGCCCCCAAUGUGUUCUGGUCAAGGGUAAUAACUCGGUGCUCAACCGCUGCAGCCAGGUUUGGCAGAAGACUUGGUGGGCGGCGGAGUUCAGACACGGAUCAUUUCUAUAUUCUAGCAUCUUUAAAUCUGCGAACACACUACAUGUCAUUCUCA